AAUCCUUCUGAUUGGCUUUCAGGUGAGGUUCCAUCUUUUAGGGACGGUCCCUUGGAUUGUUUUUUCCAGAAGUUCUCCUGAUUGAUCAACACGUUUUUGCGAGCAUCCUGGUGACAGCCUCGUGAGGCCAAUUCCAAGUUUACAAGUGAUGCCAAUAGUGGGAUGAAUGGCCUUGGUUUUAAUCACGGAAGGAUUUAUGGGCGGCCUCUCUCUCGGCCUUCGCUGAAGUCUUGAAGGACGACAAAGAACAAGAAGUGGGCUCUUAACGUGCAUCCUACCACCGCACAACACAAGCCUAUUCUGUGUGAAAGAGUGCCAAACUUUCCUCAAGACUGAUGAUAAAAUUGGAAAGUUUCUUUUCUCCCUCUCCUUCGAGUGCCAAGAGAUUCAGAGAUAAUCAUCAGCUUUUUUGACUCCUGUCGGUCGAUGUCUUUUGAUUAGGGUGUGAAACCUUCAUUUCCGAAGGUGACAAGUCCAAUUACUGCCAGAACAACGGACAGCUUCCUGCUUCAGUCAGUUGUUCAGCCAGAUCUUGCUUGGAGAAGCGACACUACAAAACAUGAGCAUCCUUCCUACUCAGAUCAGAUAGAUUGCGCGCUAGAUUAACGAGAGAAUUGAAACGGAACCCGUUCCCAGCUCAGGCUCACUUUUUGAACACCCUUUUGAAAGACUUCAAAGAAAACGAGGAGUGGUUUGCUUUGGUGUUAGAAGGCCAAGCAACUUAAUCUUUAAGGACGAAAACACGCUCCUUUGAGUCUUGGUCGUGUGGUGUCAGUGCUUCUCUCGUGUUUCUUCGGUGCCUUCUUCAGUUGCGGACGGAGAGAAUGGAGGAUGGAGUGGAGACUCUUCAGAGGCGAUUCGCCACCACGUACUAGAAAAAGCCUUUCAAUUUAAUGCCUUCCCUGGCAAGCCAACGACGAAAGCCCACCCACCCAAAAAAGAGAGCUGGAAACACACCACGUGAGUUGUGGUGGAAAAUUGGAGAAAAGUGAGUUCAAAUCUCGCCUGAGGUCAAAUUGCUUCAUUGUCGUCCUCGGGAAGAGGGGAGAAAAAAGGCGAAAGAAAAAGAUGCCCAAGAUGUUUCUUCUCCCAUCACUAACGGAGUGACUGACGUUCAUCCGUAACUCUGAAUGGGACCAGUUCUGGCUCGUAAAAUCCCGACCGAGAUCCAGAUAACCUCUACUCGAAAGUAGAACCUCCUCUUAAGAGGGAAGAGGAGUCAUAAACGGAAUUGCCAAACCUCUCUCUGUGUCUGUGUCUCCAUACCAGUUCCAUAGGGUGACAAGAGAAACUCAUUCAAUUCUAAGUCCAACAUGCAAGAAGCACGUCGAGGAGAAACAGGAAGAGGAGGAGGAGGAAGAGGAGGAGGUGGAAGAGGAGGAGGAACAACUGGAGAAGACCGAAGAAUAAGACGAGAAGGAGGAAAGAGAAAGAAAUACAACGUUCAAGCCUCCGCUCUAUCUCGGUUGUACUUCAACCAACACAAAAGAGAGUUUCAAGACGAGAAAGAAGAAGAGACAAGAAACCUUUCAUCACUCUGAAGCAGCCUUUUGGGCGGUCACUCUAGCCACCAAGUCCGAUCCGACUUGGCAAAAAUUGAAAGCGACAAUCUCUCUAUCCUGGGCCACGCCUCGUUGACUUGUGGGAAGUCAUAAAGAGCGAAGGAACAUCGGGACGGGAAGGAAUAGUUGUUGCUCUAUCGUGUUCUGUCUUCGGCCUGGCGAGCCUUCAGGCCUUUGUCUGUCUCCCCAUUUAUCCCAAUUCAACCAGUCCCACCAAGAACAUCCCAGCACCUUCACCAACAUAGCCGACCACGUGCUCGUCCCACGACGAUCUAUCUACCGGCAAACCCGAGCCGAGGAAUGGAAGUGCGCUUCUUUUGAUGAAACUGGAACAAAAACCGUUCUUAAUCAAGUUGUGAGAUAUUCACCGAGGACAGGCGGAAUCGUCACCUCGACGACUUUAAUGAAAUUUGUAUCCAAGAAUUGAGUUUUCUGUUUAGCUCGAGAAGAAAGGGAAAGACGGAAGUGAGGAAAGCGAGUUUCCACUUUUGAAGGCCGACUUGAAAUGGGAAUUCAAAACUUGUCGGUUCUCAUCUUUCACGCGGUCUUACCCACAGUUGAUAACGCAAUGGACUAAAAUUCAAUCAUUCUUUUUCGUGACAUCCUGCUCGCUUAAUUUCCGUUGGAUCCUCGGAACCCGUAGAGAAGAGCCGCACCAUCAUGUCUAAUAAUUUUUCGAGGUCGAGUUCGACUAUGUCGACUUCUGAGGACAUGUGGGUCCAAUUCACGUGGGAUUAUAGCCACAAUGACUCGAAUUCCAGUCACACAGCCCUCUUUAUGAGCGGCUAUCCCAGUGGUUUCGAGACUUGGGAAGUCAUCUCCAUUUGCGUGUUUGUCAUAUUCGUGAUGGCCGUGAUCAUCAUUGGUAAUAUGCUCGUCAUCAUUGCCAUCUUAUCGGAAUACACUCUGCAGAACGUGCAGAACUGGUUCGUGGCCUCGCUAGCUUUGGCCGACCUCACUUUGGGUGUGGUGGUGAUGCCUUUCGGCCUGGCCCAAGUGGUCAUGGGCUAUUGGAUUUUUGGGGACAUUUGGUGUCAAAUGCACUCGGCCUUGGACGUUCUCCUGUGUACGGCCUCCAUUUUGAACAUUACCCUGAUCUCGUUGGACCGUUAUUGGUCCAUCACCCACGCCGUGGAAUACAUUAAAUUCCGCUCCGAGACCUCAGUGAGAGUAAUGAUUUGUGUGGUCUGGUUCAUAAGUGCUCUGAUUUCGGUGCCACCAUUAUUCUAUCCGCCAUGGAAAUUGCCUUUGGAGCCACCCUCCGAGGACGAGAUCGUGCUUUCUCCCGAGGAUCAACAGUUUAUUGACGCACAAUACGGAACAACCGUCGUGUUCUCGCAGCCCAAGUGCUCGGUCACGUUUCAGAUCUUAAGUAAGGGAGACUUACUGCCUUGGCUGAAUUCAAACCUUCGUCUUGGCGUUGCACUACUUGACUCAUAGAUCUGGCUGAGCAAGUAGUAGGUGGCAAGAGCCCUUGGGAACAUAUGGCUCCAUGGCUCUCUUGUGAGAUUUGGAAAGGGCUCGAGUCAAAUGGUUGCUCAUCAGAGUGUAAUCGUUGGCAAGUGAAGUCUGUUCGUACGAUUGGGAUACUGACUCUGGCAUCAAAGGGUUCCCGGGGAUCUCUGGUUCCCGCUCGUCUAAUGCUCUCUGACAAUGCACGAGGAGUCUAUCAUUGGGAUUGAGAUGAAAUUGGAUUCAAAAGAACUUUUCAGCCUGAUGUAAAGUUUAUCAGAGGUAGAGCAGAGCUUGCAUAAAAGACCGAUGCCUUGAUUCUGGGUACUAACA